AUGGGCCUCCGGAUGUGGUCCUUCUCCCGCUGCGGGGGGCAGGGCUUCGCCUUCCCGGACUGGGCGUACAAGCCGGAGUCGAGCCCGGGCUCGCGGCAGAUCCAGCUGUGGCACUUCAUCCUGGAGCUGCUGCGCAAGGAGGAAUACCACGACGUCAUCGCCUGGCAGGGCGACUACGGCGAGUUCGUCAUCAAGGACCCUGACGAGGUGGCCCGGCUCUGGGGCGUCCGCAAGUGCAAGCCCCAGAUGAACUACGACAAGCUGAGCCGGGCGCUGAGGUACUAUUACAACAAGCGGAUCCUGCACAAGACCAAGGGUAAACGCUUCACCUACAAAUUCAACUUCAACAAGCUGGUGCUGGUCAACUACCCCUUCAUC